GAGAAAGAGAGAAAGAGAGAGAGAGAGAGAGAGAGAGAGAGAAAGGGAGAGAGAUUGUUCGAUAAAAAUUAUAAGAAACGAUUAUAUUGUAAUCGAUACUGAUAUUUUAUCAAAUCGACUUUUUUAAUAAGUUUCAUUGUAUAAGAAGAUUUUGAAAAUCGAUGAUCUGAAUCGUCGACGAUGAUCGUUACGUUAAAAUUCAUCAUAAUUAUAUUGUCAUAAUUAUUGGAUUUGAUUCGACAAUUAAAAUGAAUUCUUUAAUUAUUGAAUUUUAAUAAUUAUAUAUCUAUUGUGAUAAUAAAUAAUUAUCAUAGAUUGUAAUGAUAAAUAAAAUUCAUAAUAUACGUUGAUACAUCGAACAAAUCAUUAUAAUUUGUUUUAACUUUAACGUUAACGAUAAUCGUUGAGAUUUUAGAAUAUCAAUAUUGUUGUUUUUAAAUUCGAUUAAUAUAGAAUCGAUUGUUCUGUACAAAUUUUUAUUGAAAGAUAAUCGAAGGAAAUACGAUAUCGAUAAGUAUUUAUCUAAAACGGAGCAACGUAUUAUAAUAGAAAGAUCGAAUGUCGAAUAAUCGUUUUUCGUCUUUAAAGCGUUUUGACUUUGUAUAAUUGCGAAAUCCUACGUACGAAAUCAAAUUGAUAAUUGAGUGAUACGAUAAUAUUUAUGAGAUACCAUUUGUGAAGAAAUGAAAAAUCGAUGUACGUGAAUCAAGAGGUGCAUUGACGUUCUAUCGUCUGUAGAUAACGUUAAAGAAAAGAAAAAAAAAAAAAAAAAAAAAAAAAAAAAAAAAAAAAAAACACUUUUGUAUAUUCUCUUAUCCUCAUUAAGAAUUCAAAUUUGUAUAAAUUUAAAUCUAUGUGAGCUAAGCACGGAUUGUAUCAGCGAGUUGUCUCCAAUCUACGUUCGUAUGUCGUUAACUUCUUACAGGAACAUAAAGAGAAAAGAAAAGAAAAAAAGAAAAAAAAGAAAAAAAAAAAAAGAAAAAAAAAAAGAAAGAAAAAAAUUUUUAAAUUAAAACUACAAAAAGAAAAAUAAACGAUUCUCUCAACGACAGGAUGCGGGAAAGAAAUUUCUUCUUUUUUUUUUUAUGAUUAUUUUUUUUUUUUUUUUCAACAGAAAAGUAAAAGAGAAAAAAGAAAACGAAACAGAAAUUAAUUAAAAACGUUUAAAUACAAAUAUUUAUAUUUCAUAUCUCCUACAUAUUGUUUUUCAUCCAUCGUUAAUGUCCUUAUAAACAAAAGCAUUUUAUAUUCGUUGCAUCUGUCGAUGAGAAUGAAAGGUGGUUGUAUCUAUAAGAUAAAAGAAAAUGUGGAGAGAAAAGAAAGAAAGAAAGAAAGAAAAAAAAAACAAAAAAAAAGAAAAAAAAAAGACAUAAAUAAAUAUAUAAAAAGGGGGAAAAAAAAAAAAUAAAAAAAGGAAAAAUAUAAAGGAAUGAAAGAUUUUUCGCGUACGCUUCGAUAUCUUCGAUAAAGGAACAGAGAAAGAUAGAAAAACAGAAUGGCAGAAAAGAGAAAGGAAAAAAAAAAAGAGAGAAAAAGGGAAGAGGGGAAAAAAACGAAAUGUCAAAUUGAUAAAAUUCGUUAUUUGCGUUUGUUAUAGAAAUUUGUACAAAACUUUUAUAAAUCAAAGCAGUAUUAAUUUCCGUCUUCCGUCUCAUAUAGAUAGAUCUUAAAAAAUCAAUGUAAUAAUCACGUUACGAGCUUUGUAAUACGUCGUCAUUUAAUCGAGAAGUAUUUUUGUUCGAUGAAAAAGAAAGAAAAGUAUGCAAAAAAGGAUAAGGAAGAGGUAAAAAAGAGAGAGAGAGAGAGAGAGAGAGAGAGAAAGAAGUUAUAAUUAAAAUUUGAAAUGAUGGAACAAUCGAACGACGUAUAAGAAAAUACAUUUUUUUUUGUUUUUGUGUUGCUCGUCUCUUUCUUUCUUUUUUUAUAUCUUCCACGUGUGCUCCUAAGAAAAGAAUUACCAUACUUCUUUUCGUUCGUUCGUCUCGAAAAUAAGCAAGAGGAAAGUUUUAAAAAUAGAUGCUCGUCGUUACACUUUUGGAGACAUUAAAAAAGCCUUGCAAAUCUCAUCUUUUUACUUCUCAGAUUCGAUUUACGAGAUCAUUCAUUAGAAAAUAAGAAGAAAAAAAGAAAAAUAAAAAAGCAAAAGACACGAAUCAUUUUACGUAUGUACAAAGACACGAAAGAGAGAAAGAAAGAAAAAGAGAGAGAGAGAGAGAGAGAGAGAGAGAGAGAGAGAGAGAGAGAAAAGGAAAGAUGGAACUAAAGAAACUAACGAGACACAUGUACACACACACACACACACAUAGACAAACACCUACAUACAUACAUUCAUAAGUUCACACUAAAUAUGCACCUGUAAAUAUCGUCUGUAUUCCAUACUUGUUAUAUCGCGUUCGCGUAACAUCGUACAAUUUUAUCAAGGGGCUAUUGAUUAUAUACUUCUUAUAUAAAAAAAAAAAAAAAAAAAAGAAAUAAGAAACCACCAUCGACAAAAACAAUAACAAACAACAACAAUAACAACAACAACAACAACAACAACAACAACAAAAACAACAACAAAUAUGUACUACGAAGUAACGUAUUAAACGUGAAUAAAAACUAUUCGUCUGUAUAUUCUCAAUCAUGACAUUCUCGAAAGGGAAAACGAAUACAUACCAUAUGCAUUAAUACCCAUUCAAUUAAAAUUUUUAAUUUGUCUGAUUACUUCUAACGAUUCGUUCGAUCGUUAUAAUUAGAUCAAGGAAAAUUAUUAACAAGAGAGAUCCAUUUAUUAAAUCAUUUUCUCCACACCUUUAUUGUCCCACAAUGCACCAUUCUUCGUGUCCUGUUAUUUUUCUCUUUUUCUUUUUUUCUUUUUUUCUUCUCUUUUUCUUUUUUCUUUUUUUUUUCCUGCCACACCCUAGAUGAUCAUUUUUAUUAUAAUUUUUGUAAUAUACAUUUGGGCGCGACUUCACAGAACCCUUAACAAGGUUUUCCUUUUAUUUAUUCGUUAUCAUCCAAUUUAAUAGUCUAUUAUGUGUUUAUUUAAACGAAACAUUUAAUAUUCAUUUAAUGAUAAUUUGGAUUAAUUCGAAUAUUUCACGUCACUUGAAUCGCGUCAUCUAGCGUUAGAAAAAUAGACAUUAUUUUGAACAAGACAACGGAUAUAUUGAGAAUCUUUAGGAAGGGGUUAAUACUUAACUGAGCAUGCGCUAACUAAAACGCUCGGAAAGAUACGGUGCGGAUUUAGAGUUCGUAACUUUAAGCGAGCACCUUCUCUCAAAAGAGAGUCUUUCACAAACUUCCAUUUGAUCCAUAACCGAAGAAAAAUUCGAGGAUGCAGUUGGUGUACGUUCUUUUGAUAUUCGUUACCAAUGUUUUGGGUUUUUCAAAACAAAUCGCCGUAGGCUUUUUCGAUGACGACGAAAUGAUUAAACUUGCCUUCGAGUCAUCGAUAAAAUCGAUCAAUCAUGAAUAUUGGGAUAUUCAUUUGAUAUCAAAUAUCGAAGAAAUAAAUCAAGAUGUAUUCGAUGUUAAUGGUAAAGUAUGUACGAUGAUUAGUACGGGUGUGGCUGCGAUAUUUGGUCCACAAGAUAAAUUCACAGCUGAACAUGUGCAGAGCAUAUGUGAUACGAUAGAAAUGCCACAUAUCGCAGUUAGAUGGGAUCCUCAAGAAAUGCGUGGGAAAACUGUGAAUCUUUAUCCACACGCAAAUACAUUGUCCUUGGCAUAUCAAACAUUGAUACGUGAACUAGAUUGGCAAGAGAUGAUAAUAUUGUUCGAAAAUACUGAAAGCUUGUUAAGAAUAAAACCAUUGUUAGAACUUCGUAAUACAGGAAUUGAUAUAUUCUUGUAUCAUUUAGGAAGUGGUCCAAAUUAUAGGAAUGUAAUGCAAGAGAUCAAGGAAACCGAAAUGGAGAACAUCGUGAUCGAUUGUUCUAUUCAGAUAUUAGAGGAGGUCUUAAAACAGGCUCAACAAGUUGGUAUAAUGUCGGAUCAAUAUCAAGUGAUAGUUACUUCAUUGGAUUUACAAACGCUCGAUUUAGAACCCUAUAGUUAUUCCGGCGUGAACUUCACUGGUUUUCGUUUAAUCAAUCCAGAAGAUCCAACAAUGACGGAGAUAUUUGAGAAACACAAAGAUGAUUGGAAUUUAUCCAGACCAGAAGAUCUUCGACUCGAGCCAGCAUUAAUGUACGAUGCCGUUCAACUUUUUGCACAAACUUUGAAGCAAUUAAUUGGUACUACAAAUUGGAACGUAAAAGAACUACCUUGCAAUGGUUCAAUGAGCUGGGAAUAUGGAAGCACUUUUUUGAAUUUUAUGCGUGUGACUGAAAUGAGAGGAUUAACUGGAUUAAUAUGGUUCGAUACUACCGGAUUUCGAAGUAACUUUCAAUUGGAUAUUGUACAACUGCAACGAAAAGGAUUAACAACAAUUGGAGUUUGGAAUAGUACACGUGUGAAUGGAAUUGAAUGGACGCCAGACAUAAGUUCAACGAAAUCCGAAGCUGAAUUGAGUUUACAGAAUAGAACAUUUUUAGUACUUAUAUCUAUGACAAAACCAUAUGGAAUGGUAAAGGAAUCUGCUGCAAUGUUAUCUGGCAAUGAACGGUACGAAGGAUUUGGAAUCGACAUUAUUCAAGAACUCAGUAAAUCAUUAGGUUUUAACUAUACAUUUGAAGUUCAAACAGACAGCGUUUAUGGUUCAUAUAUCAACAAAACAGGGAAAUGGUCGGGAAUGAUAGGGAAAAUAAUGGCGGGGCGUGCAGAUUUGGCAAUUACCGAUCUAACGAUAACUUCUGAUCGUGAAAGUGCCGUUGAUUUUACGAUGCCAUUCAUGAACUUAGGUAUAAGUAUAUUAUUUAAAAAGCCAACGAAAGCAACGCCCAGUCUCUUCUCGUUUCUCUCGCCAUUUUCUAACGACGUUUGGCUAUGCUUGUUGGCGUCGUAUAUCUUCGUGUCAGUGCUAUUCUCCGUGAUCGGUAGAUUGUGUCCAGCGGAAUGGAACAAUCCUUAUCCUUGCAUCGAAGAACCCGAGGAGUUGGAGAACCAGUUCACGUUGAAGAAUUCCUUUUGGUUUACCAUUGGAAGCAUAAUGCAACAAGGUUCCGAUCUAGCACCUAUAGGAUUUUCAACAAGAAUGAUGGCAGGAUGCUGGUGGUUUUUUUGUUUGAUCAUAGUCUCUUCUUACACGGCAAAUUUAGCUGCUUGCUUGGCUAUAGCUGUUAACAUACCAUCAUUUACCAACGUCGAGGAACUGGCGAAACAGAAGGUGAUAAAAUAUGGUGCAAAGAGCGGCGGAUCGACCUUCGAAUUUUUCAAAAAUUAUGCCAAUUCCAAGGAGGCCUCCUACCAGACGUACAAGGAUAUGUACAACUACAUGACGAGUAACGAUGACGUAUUGACCAAGGACAACGAGGAGGGAUUAACGAAGGUCCUGCAAGAGAAUUAUGCCUUUUUAAUGGAGUCCAGUUCGAUCGAGUACAUCAUUCAAAGGGAGUGUAACGUUACGAAAGUUGGGGGUUUGUUGGAUCAAAAGGGUUAUGGGAUUGCCAUGAGAAAGGAUUCAUCUUAUCGUCAUCAAUUAAAUACGGCAAUAUUAAAAUUACAAGAGAGUGGUAGAAUAACUGAAUUAAAAAAAAAAUGGUGGACCCAAAAGCGUGGCGGUGGAAAGUGCGAAGAAGGUGCACCACCAAGUUCGGCGGAAGAAUUGAAUUUGAAUCACGUGGGAGGUGUAUUCUUAGUUCUUUUCGUUGGUAUUGGAUUUUCUUUUAUUUUCACGUUAUUCGAGCUCAUUUGGGAAGUUGCUGUUAAAUCGAUAAAAGAAAAUCUUUCUUUCAAGGAAGAAAUGCUGGAGGAGAUAAAGUUCGUGGCGAAAUGUACCAGUGCAACUAAAUCAGUUAGAGAGAGGAAAAAUUCAUCGCACAGAAGCGGAGAAGAUAGUACGGAGGAUUGUAGUCCUCCUUAUGGAUUUGUACCAACUGUAAUUACAACCUCACCCGACGAUGACAAUUGAAAACUUUCGAUAAUUCAAGCUCCUCGAACGUUUUAAAAAGCAUCGACAAAAUUAAUUAAUAUUUGUUGGAUGAAAUGAUUGAGUAAAUGGAACAAUUCAAUCUAUUUGAAUUCCUAGUAAACUCCUUAGAAAUAUAUAUAUAUAUAUAAAUAUAUAUGAGAUAAUGGAAUGGCGACGAAAACUUAAAUAAUUAGCAAUCGCUAAUAAAAUUUUAAUUGAGAAUGAAAAUCACGAUUCUGUUCUACUUUUGAUUAAUGUUGAUA